AUGGGUUACUAUUGGCCCACUAUGCCACCGAAGCCGCUACAUCCUACAAUUACUUCAUGGCCAUUUGAUGCGUGGGGUCUUGAUGUGGUGGGACCAAUAUCACCCAAAUCUUCUGAUGGUCAUUCUUACAUCUUGGCAGCCACCGACUACUUUUCAAAAUGGGCAGAGGCUGUACCCCUAAAAGAAGUAAAGAAAGAAAAUGUAGUGAGCUUUAUCAAAGUAAACAUCAUUCAUCAGUAUGAUGUGCCGCGUUACAUCAUCGCAGACAAUGGAAAGCCAUUUUCGAACCGGUUAAUGGAUAAAUUGUGUGAAGACUUCGGUUUCAAGCAACGCAACUCUUCAAUGUACAAUGCCCCAGCCAACGGUCUCGCAGAAGAGUUCAACAAAACUAUUUGCAACCUGUUGAAGAAAGUCAUUGGAAGAACCAAGAAAGAUUGGCAUGAAAGGAUAAAUGAAGCAUUGUGGGCUUAUCGGAUGACAUACCGGACGCCUACUCAGGCUACACCAUAUUCACUCGUAUAUGGCGUGGAAGCAGUCUUGCCUCUAGAAAGUCAAAUUCCAUCAUUGAGGAUGGCCGUACAAGAGGGAUUGACUGAUGAAGAGAAUGCAAAGCUACGUCUCCAAAAGUUAGAAGCACUAGACGAAAAGAGACUCAAAGCGCAAUAA